AUGUUGUCUCGUCGUGCCAACAUAAUGUCGAUGAGUAUGGGAAAGGCCUUGAUCCUUACUGUAUUGUUGGUAUUGUCCUUGUGCGUUUUGGGUUCGACUGCUCAAGAUAUUUCAUCCCUGUUGAGUGCCAUUAAGCAACAAACCUCAACAAGUGGUGGCAGUGAUUCAUCCUUAACCGCCGAGGAAAUUAAGAAGGUCUAUGAUGAAAAGAGGAAGAAUUUGGAAACUCUCAGAAAGACUGAAGUUUCCCUUCUUGCCGUUGAGGAAGCCAUCAGGAAGUACGGAAGUAAUAAUUUAUUAUACAAACAACGUUUGGAAAAAUUGAAUGAAAUCGCUGCUGUUAAACGUGUCCUUCAAAAUGAAGUUGCGUCUUUAAUGUUCUUGUGUGAGGAAAAGAAGUGUAAUGCUGUCAAGCCAAAGGAGGAACCAAAGCAAACUGUUCAAUUGGCACCUGCUGUACCUCCAACUGUCACGGCUCCACAACCUGCUGUUCUAGGUCAACAAGUUGUUUCAUCAGUACCAAUGGCUACAAUGACUAUUGGUCCUAUUCCACUUGAUGGAGAUAGACCUCAUCGCAAGAGAAGUGCUCCACCAGCAAUGAAAAAGGAUGAUUUCAUUGAUAGAAAGCAACAAGAGGAAGAAAUUGAACAAAUUUUCAAACCACCAGUCUCAACACUUUCAUUUGGAGAAGACUUCCCAGGGUUUGAUGAACCUCCAAUGCCUGAAGAACCUUCCAUUCCAGAACCAUCUAUUCCAGAAACAGGUUUUGGGAAGAAAAAAGUCUCAGGGGCUGUAUGGCCUUUUGAAGAACAAGAAGAUGAAAUUGUCAAAUAUUCUUCUCCAACAACUGAAUCUGGCCAAACACCAAGAAAAUCAAAGAAGGAAAUCAGAAAACCUACCAAGAAAUCAGUUCAAAAGAGACGAGGCAAAAAGGAUUAUGCCAAACCAGUACAAAAUAAUUUAUUAAAUCUAUUGAAAAAUAAGAAGAAUGGAAAGAAGAAAUUCACAAGAAAGUCAUCUGGUGGAAAGAAGAAGUCAUCUGGAAAAAAGGAUCUUUCUCCAAAAUCAGCAGGCAAAAAGUCAGCACGUGGAAAGCAAGUAAAAACUAAAUCCACCGAAACUGCUCAAAAAAAAACCAAAAGUGCCAAGAGAAAUGGUAAGGCAAAGAAUUAA